CGCCCGCGCCGCCCCCGCCGCCCUUCGCCGCCGCUGCCGCCGCCGGGGGCGUGCUCGUCGAGUUCAUCGCCCGCGAGCCCGGCGCCUACGCCCUCACCUGGCUCGAGCUCUCCCGCAGGUGGGCGGAGGAGGAGACGGGCUCGUGCCCGCACCGCUGCCCUGAGCUGGGCGCGUGCAUCAACGCGUCGCUGUGGUGCGACGGCGUGGCGCACUGCCCCUCGGGCGUGGACGAGGCCGCGCGCCAUUGCUCUCUGCUGCUGGCGCUGCCGCCGCUGCAGCUGGCGGCGC